AUGCGUGUCUCCUGUUUUUUCGUGUCUGUUGUCAUCAUGCUUGCUGAGCAAAUCAUUGCCCUUCCAAUGGGCGACCUACCUACACUUGGGAGCGAGCUCAAAUUCGCUCACAGCCUUGCAACCACCCUCCACCCGCUUCCGGUUGUCGGAGGUCUGACCGAUAGGCUACUUGCAGAUUCGAACAACGGUGCUUUGCUUUCGAGCAACGACUUGGCUAGUGACGAUGGCCGUGGACUUCUUUCUAUCCUCAAGCGGCGCGGCGGGAAUCCGGUGAUUGAUUCUUCUUCAGAUACCGGCUUGAUGUCGAACUUCGAUCCGAUUCCUCUCCGUAAUGUUAUUUCUGGACUCAAGCCCUUCACCUCUGGCUUAUCGAUCCCCAAGAUGAUCAAACGGGACAACAACCUCGGAUCUCUUCCACUGAUCGACUCUCUUCCCGGAGCCAGUAGUAUUCCGUCCCUCCCCGGCCUGGGUAGUUUAUCAUCGAUGCCUUCCCUUCCUGGCAUGGGAAGCCUGCCAUCAAUGCCUUCCCUCCCUGGCAUGAGCAACUUGGUUUCCCUCCCGCAAAUGGGAAGCUUGCCACUCGUCUCGAGCCUCCCCAGUCUUCCAUCCAUGCCAUCCGUCCCUGGCCUCUCGUCCGUCCCGGGUAUUGGAAGUUUGGCCUCUGGCGGGCUCCCCAGCAUGAGCAGCCUCGGUGGCCUUCUCUGA